GCAUACAUUCAGUCGGACGGUGCAACUCUCGGUGAAAUGUUGGGCAUUCUGAGUCUCUGGUUUAUUUUCUACCUCUUUGGCCGCAUCCAAGGGCGUUCGGUUGGAGAGCUGGACGAGUGGCAGCAGGAGUUUCUAGGUCCGCAGCCUGAUGCCACAAUCUUUGUCUACAAUCAAACCGAUAAGGAGCUUGACUUGGGUCACAGUCUUGGUGGGGAAAUGUAUAAAUUUUAAAGUAUAAAAUAGUAUUAAAUUUUAAAUGGUAAAUAAAUAAAUGUAAAUAUUGCUUGGA